ACAAGUGCACUGUGGGUCUGUGUCAAUAUGGCAGCCUGCAGGGUGCCGAUGGAUUACUGUGGAGCUUAGCGAUUAUUUUAACCUAAUGAGCUAUCAGUCACUGGUGUAGGCACAAACAUGUUUCAGUUGCUUUGUUGUAGAGCAAAUAUUGCCGCUCCGUCACGGUCACUGUCGUUUUAUUUUCGUUGUAAUAAAACAGGAGACAAAUGGAAGCUUUCACGGUGGCAUACAUCUCCGGGGUCUUAUGCAAACAGCUCCACAACAGAAUCUGGAAGUGCUGUCAGUCGCAUUUGGAGCCUGACUCAGAGAGCCGUCCGCCAGUCCUCUACAAGGACAUCCAAACCCCCAGUUAUCCAACAAGACCUGGCCAUGAAAUUUUGAAGAAGUUCAACCUGACGCUGCCACCUUGUAAAACUGUGGCUAUUGUUGGUGAAUCGGGUGGAGGAAAGUCCACAGUGGCAUCCCUGCUGGAGCGCUUCUAUGACCCGACCAGUGGUGUAAUCAUGUUGGACGGGCUCGAUAUUCGAACCCUUGAUCUGGCCUGGCUCAGGGGGCAAGUUAUUGGAUUCAUUAACCAGGAGCCAGUUUUGUUUGGAUCAUCCAUCAUGGAGAACAUCCGCUUCGGGAAGCCUGAUGCUACAGAUACUGAAGUCAUUAAUGCAGCAAAGCAAGCCAAUGCUCACCGCUUCAUUACAAGUUUCCCAGAUGGCUAUAACACCAUGGUUGGGGAAAGAGGUGUGACGUUAUCAGGUGGGCAGAAGCAGCGCAUCGCCAUUGCCCGUGCCUUGAUCAAGAACCCCAACAUCUUGGUACUGGAUGAAGCUACUAGCGCCCUGGAUGCAGAAUCAGAGGGAGUAGUGCAGGAGGCUCUGGACAGGGCCACAAGGGGUCGCACUGUGCUCAUCAUUGCCCACAGACUGAGCACCAUCCAAGGGGCUGACCUGAUCUGUGUCAUGAGCAACGGCCGCAUUGUGGAGGCUGGGACACACUUGGAACUGCUGAGUAAAGGAGGACUUUAUUCUGAUCUGAUCCGCAGGCAAAGAGCCAAGGGACAAAAAUAAACGCUCUCAAACUUUUUCUUUUAGAUUAACAAUAAACAAGAGAGUUUAUCAGAUGAAAUAUGUCUAAUUUGUGUUAAAUGUAUAAGUCUUUUGCUUAGGUAUCUAAAAAAAAGUUGCAAAUUUAUAUUCAGUAUGUGUAUGUACAAAAGGACCAACUGGAUCAACUAGUGAUUAUACACACUACAAACACUACUGUACAGACUUUAAUUAAAAUGGGAAUUUAAUAAUACACCUGUAUAGAGUGAUAUAUUGUACAUUUUUUUAGAAUAAUUAAAAACAGUUGUGAUGAGAGGAUUAAUGCUUCCUUUUUC